CUUCCUACCUGUGCUUGGGUCGUCCUGUAGGAUUCCCACCCAUUUUUCCCAAACGCCAAAGCAACCAGAAGAGAAGAGAAGGGAAGGGAAGGGAAGGGAAAAGUGAGGAAGAAACUUCUACUGAGAGACUUUAACGCUUGAGCUCUCCUCCCUCCGGCGAUGCGCUGACAGCCUUCAGGGGAUAGACAGCCAAUAUUCUGCAAUUUUACUCAUCGUGAUUGCCGGAAAUGCAUUGAUUUGGGAAGCUCAUUUAUCAACGCAAAAUGCUUGAAGCACUCGUGCGCGAUGAGCCCACUGACGAUCUUUCCAGCUCCAAGAAGGGUAAAUCAGAGGCCGAUAAGAUAAACAAGGACGGCCAGAAGCCAUCCCCGCCGGUUGUUGUGGUUGCCCGGAGUCGCUCCCAGGGGGGCACACGAAGAGUCACCCCUACCGGCAUAUCCAUCGCCUCUGAUUGCUCGACUUCCACAGUAGAGAAGCAUUUACCUAACGGCGAUUUUUACAUGGGCAGCUUUUCCGGCAAUGUUCCUCACGGAUCGGGGAAAUACUUGUGGACCGACGGGUGCAUGUACGAGGGGCAGUGGAAGAGAGGCAAAGCUGCUGGGAAAGGCAAAUUUUCUUGGCCCUCCGGAGCGACAUAUGAGGGCGAAUUUAAAGCGGGUCGGAUGGAAGGAUUCGGUACUUUCACCGGAUCCGAUGGCGACACUUACCGCGGCACCUGGAGUGCCGACCGGAAACAUGGGCACGGGCAGAAGCGCUACGCCAACGGCGAUUUCUAUGAAGGGUCGUGGAAGCGGAACCUUCAGGAUGGCCGGGGCCGGUAUGUAUGGAUUAACGGGAACGAGUAUGUUGGCGAGUGGAAGAACGGUGUAAUCUCUGGAAGAGGUGUGCUUGUUUGGGCGAAUGGCAAUCGGUAUGAAGGGCAAUGGGAGAACGGGGUUCCCAAAGGCCAAGGGAUUUUCACUUGGCCUGAUGGAAGCUGCUAUAUAGGUGACUGGAACAAGGAUAUGGAAAUACAGCAGUUGAAUGGCACUUUCUACCCUGGUUAUGGCAAAGAGAACUAUCUUAAGAGCAAUGGCCCAUUGACGGGUGAUAAUUUGACAAUAACGAUGAGGAAGAGGUCAUCCGUGGACGGUGCUAGAAGGAGUAUGACUGAGAAGAAUUUUCCGAGAAUUUGCAUAUGGGAAUCAGACGGAGAAGCGGGUGAUAUAACCUGUGAUAUAAUCGAUAAUGUGGAAGCAUCCAUGUUUUAUAGGGAUGGGAAGGGGUUGGAACGUGAUGACAUUAAACAGUUUCGGCGGAACUCUUGGUGUUGCUCCCGGGAGGUGAAAAGACCAGGGCAAACCAUAUUCAAGGGGCACAAGAAUUACGAUUUAAUGCUUAAUCUGCAAUUGGGCAUAAGAUACUCUGUUGGGAAGGAAGCUUCUAUAUCGCGAGAGCUUAAACCAAGUGAUUUCGAUCCGAAGGAGAAGUUCUGGACCAGGUUUCCUCCGGAAGGAUCCAAGAUUACCCCACCUCAUCAAUCAGUGGAGUUCCGGUGGAAAGAUUACUGCCCUAUGGUUUUUAGACAAUUGAGGAAGCUAUUCCAAGUGGAUCCUGGUGAUUACAUGUUAGCUAUAUGCGGGGACGAUGCCCUUAGGGAGCUUUCUUCUCCGGGGAAGAGUGGAAGCAUCUUCUACUUGACUCAGGACGACCGAUUCAUGAUAAAGACAGUGAGGAAAUCUGAAGUCAAGGUGCUUAUUCGGAUGCUUCGAAGUUAUUACCGACAUGUUUCUAAAUACGAUAAUUCACUGGUGACGAGGUUCUAUGGGGUACACUGUGUCAAACCAAUUGGAGGGCAAAAGACACGGUUCAUUGUGAUGGGAAAUCUUUUCUGCUCAGAAUAUCCAAUCCAUAGACGAUUUGACUUGAAAGGAUCUUCUCAUGGCCGAAUAACAGAUAAGCCUGAGAGGGAGAUUGACGAGACUACAACCUUGAAGGACCUUGAUCUCAAUUUUGUCUUUCGUCUGCAGCAAAAUUGGUACCAGGAUUUCAUCAAGCAAAUCGAGAGGGAUUGUGAGUUCUUGGAAUCUGAGGGUAUAAUGGAUUACAGUCUUCUGGUUGGCCUUCACUUUCGUGAUGAUAAUAAUUAUGACAAAAUGGGGCUGUCGCCAUAUGUUUUGCGCACAGGAAAUCGGGAUUCUUAUCAGAUUGAAAAGUUCAUGCGUGGGUAUCGCUUUCUUGAAGCUGAGCUUCAAGAUAGGGAUCGAGUUUUAUCCGGCCGGAAAUCGUUGAUUAGGUUAGGAGCCAAUAUGCCGGCAAGAGCUGAGCGAAUGGCUCGGAGGAGUGAUUUUGAUCAAUACACCAUGGGUGGUAUCAGUCAUCUGACCCCUUAUCGAUGCGGAGAGACGUAUGAUGUGGUCCUGUAUUUUGGGAUUAUUGACAUUUUGCAAGAUUAUGAUAUUAGCAAGAAGUUGGAGCGAGCUUACAAAUCCUUGCAGGUUGACUCGACUUCAAUCUCUGCAGUUGAUCCAAAGCUCUAUUCAAAGAGAUUCCGUGAUUUCGUGGGGAGAGUUUUCACAGAUGACAUGUAAUUUUGAGAUGGAAUGAUAGUCAUUCAGGUUUAAUCACCCGCUUAAUCGCAACAUCUUGGAAACAUAGUUUCAGCCUUGGAGGCCCUGGAUGGUGGUGGGGAGUGGGACUUACCAGCAUGACCAUUCGGUGAACGCGCCACUGCGAUAUCAUCAGGAAGCUUGCCGAGAAAUUAGGGUUGCUUGCGGCUGAAUUUUGAAUAUACAGCCGCAUGGUUUGGGCUGUUGGGGUUUAGAAGUUGUACAUGGAAAUUUGAUGGGGGGAUUUUUGUUUUUGUUAUUUUUUUUUUAAAUCAAGGAGGUGGGGAUUUAUGAAAUUUUUUGUGGUUAGAAAAGGGGAUAGGAUGAUGCGAGAUAGGUAGAAGGAGCAUAGUUCAAUGUUUCCUGGAUAUAAUAUCCAAAAUGCAUGGAUAGCCUAAAAUAAAGAAAUUGUACAGUUGGUAUAAUAUAUAAAUGAUGAUAGGCGAGAUAUAUUUAUAUA